GCCGGGUAGACCAGGCGGCUGAGAUGGAGAUCCAGAAGUUUAAAAAGAGCAAAGAGAAGGGCCAGAAUGGCUCUGCAAAGUGAUCCAAGGACGCUCAGGCUUUUGAUCAUGUCUAUAUGGCAAUCCAGACACGGCUAGACAAGCGCUGCUGCGAAUGGGAACUAGGCGACGGGUCGAGAUGGAAGGGGGCGGCUACAAAGAGCACUGCAAGUACUGUGUAUGGAUACGGCAGGAGAGCAUAGCGUUGCAUGGAAGCACGGUGUACGAGGCGUUUGGGUGGAUUAUUUUUUCUUUCUUCGUCUUUUGCGUUUGGCAAGCCAGCUGCAUACCCAUUUGGAAGUUGAACCGGUUGGCAGCAAGAUACUCUCUUGAAUUAUUAUUAUCAAUACCUCUGUCAAGUAAACACAUGUACAUUGCAAUGUGAUGGGUGAAAGCUUUCCCUACCCACAUGAGUGUGCUAUUGCUACCUUGAUGCAGUAGUCUCCAACCAGUACUCAUACUGUGUGAA